AUGAAGCCACAAAAUCAACUCCUGCUGCUUGGCCUCAUCAUUGUGAUUUUGAAUUUAACUUCUGUUUCAACUCAAGACAAUGUUUUCAUCUCAUGGAUACAUUCCUAUGCGGACUUCCACAACACCUCCAACUGCUGCGUAUGUGGGGCUCUGCCUCUAUCUGUGAUGGAUGGACUUCCUUGGUGGGUGUCACCGUUCCGCCAAGGAGAUUUUAAACCACUCUGCUCUUUUCUGAGAUGACGAAAAGAGACUUUCCUUUCUCUUGUCAAUCAUAAUCUCUCCCUGCUCUCUUGGUAUAAGCCAGACCUACAGUCAAUAGACUCGGGUCAUGGGGUUACAUUUGAUGUAAACACCAGUUUCAUAGAAGUAACAAAAUCCUAUACCUCAUAUUUAAAGAACAAAAAGGAAAAAAGCUCCCUGACCAGCAAGGGAGGACAGGCCUCUAGGUAUGUUAAACAAUUCUACCAAGUCUGGGAUGAAUAUUUCUGGAUGACCCCAGAAAAGGGUGAAUUAAUUACUCCUGCCGCUAUAUUCUGGGAACAAAAAGAACAAAGGGUAGGGUUUAGUGACCUUCCAUUAGACCCAAAAGAACUAAAAUAUAUGGGGUAUCUAUCCCCCGAACAAUCUAAAUGAACAUUCAAGGUCACAUACAACCUCAACCAGUCGUCCAUCCAUUAGCCAGGCUCUGAUUGGAAAUAUAACCCUGAAAUCCACUGGGUGGCGCCCAACAGAACCCAAAUGUUUUGUGGGCUUAACCUUUGGCCUUGGUUACCAAUCGGCUGGGUAGGCCGCUGCAGACUGGGAUUCGCUUUUGCCCAUGGCAGCAUAAAGCCUAACCUACAACAAGCCCUGGUAAAUCAUUAUUUACAUGCUAGGUGGACAAGGUCUGUGUUUCAAUGGUAUGAGUAUAUUGCUGCCUUAUUCAUACCUUCUAUAGGGAUAACAGAUAUUAUGAUUAAAGUAGAAGCCUUGAGUAAUUUCACAAAACAGGCCCUCCUAGAUAGUGCUAAAGGAAUCCAAGCCUUAAAUGAAGAACAAAUCCAAAAGAGAAAAGCGGUAAUUCAAAAUAGAAUGGCUUUGGACAUGCUCACAGCUAUUCAAGGAGGAACCUGUGCUAUAAUUAAAGUUGAAUGUUGUGUAUAUAUUCCUCAUUUAUCUGACAGUGUAUCAGCUGCUUUAGAUGACAUGAAAAACCAGGUAAAAGCAAUGUCAAAUGAAAACAUUCCUUUCUGGACUUCGGUCCUAUCUUGGAUGAAGGGUGAUUGGUGGAAAACUAUAUUUACCAUUGUUAUAGUUGCCUUGAUAGUUCCACUUUGUGGACCCUGCAUUUUACAAUGUAUUAUGAACUUUGUAACCCAAAGGUUGGUGUCAUUCUCCCAAAUUGGAAGUCAGAGAGCCAGGGUGCAAUAUAUCCCUAGAUACUCAUACUAUGAAGAUGCUGCCAACAUGUCAUCAGUACUGACCCGGCUCUUUCGACUUGCACAGUUGAGUUCCCCGACAGCAGUCUCUCUCUGGGGGAAAAAAAAAGGCAUUCCAGUGGGUUGCCAUCUGUAUAGCCCCAUUCCAAAUGAUCGGAACAAACUGGUUCAGAGGCUGAAUGACAAAUAUUAUGAAUUUCAAGCAAAUCUAAACCUGCCAUUCUUCUCAGCUCGGAUGCUCAGGAAAUCAUUUAAAACAUUUGAUAACUGUGUCAUUGCACACAUUGAGAGGUGUUUUGAUUUCAGGGAUUACAAUUACCUGAGAAACGCAGAACCGUUUGCCUUGCAGAAGCUAUUUAGAUUUGAAGACCUCUUCAUCACAGCCCUGAAACUUCAUCUUACAUCAUCUCCCGACGCGAGCUGCCUGUAUUAUACUUGGAGCUGCUUUGAAAGCUGCAGCCUUGUUUUACUGCCAAGUCUCACAGACAGCGUUAGUAUGAUAGGCUGUGACACAUACAGAUUCUUGUUGGCCCCCUGCGGGCCGCAGGCGCGCGGGGCCGCGCUUCCCCGCGGUGGCCGCCAUAGUGUGAGGUAUUUAGCGGGCGCGCGCGCGGGUUCGAGAACGCGCGGAACGCCGGCGGCGGACUGUGGGGAGCCGCGGCGACCAUUGCUGCGCGCACUCUCUAAUGGCGGCGGCGAGCCAGAGUGUCCCGUCGGUACUGGCAUGAGGCAGAGGCAGUGGCAGUGGCGCUGCCCGUGGUGGCGGGCGUUGGCGGCGGCGACGACGGAGCGUGUUUGA